AUGAGCUUCUUCAACAAUAUUGGACGAUCCAUGGGAAUUCCCUCUCGGUCCAAGAUGCGGUAUGUGCCACCGCCAUCAUCCUCAUUGGAAAGGCCGUAUGGCACGCCACCCCCUUCGAUGGUUUCAGGAAGUGUCCCAGGAGGAGCAGUCGUCGCUGGAGGAAGUAUGAAUCUGGCAUCUAUGCCGACCAAACCAUUGUACUUGUGUCAACCAUUUGUGCGCAGCACGUUGAUCAAGGGCUCCUUCCGCACCAUUGUCGCACUACCGAAUCUUUGA